AUGGUUCUACAGGUCCCUUCACAGCGGGUCACCAUCCUUGCCUUCCUAGAACAGUCGGACAUCGCCGCCUAUCCAUUGGACUUCCUUGACCAGCUCUUCCAUAGUAUAAAAUCCGCUUAUGGCUCAAAAACCCACAACUCGAAUCAACUCCAUCGGACCCACUACUGCCAGGUUGAAGAUUACCUGGGACUGUGGUCGGUGGACGCCUGGACGGUGCAGUGGUCGGAGGUUGGUGGACUGCCCGGCUACUGGAGCUUCGAAAUCAAAGUUCAAAGUCAGUUGCAAUUUGCAAAGGCAAAGCUUGUAAGGGAAGACGCCUGGAGGCUGGACGGUGCGGUGGUCAGACUUCGGAGGUUGGUGGACUGCUCGGCUGGAGCUUCUGUCAUCAAAGGUAAGAUUCUUUUACGGUGUUACCCACCUAUUUACUUGAAAAUGAAGUUAUUUUGGACUUUGUUUACUUUCUGGCUCUGGGCAUCUGGCUGGCAGAGUGGCAGUAUGUUAGCAACUUAG